CCAUUCGCUUACCAAUGGCAGCCAAAGUGUUAUCAUGGACUCCGACUACCCCAUCACUCAAUCGUUCCAAAGACUUAUCUCAGCCGCAGCAAUGGAUGAGUCGGCGCUUACGCGCCAAGAAGAAGAGAUGGGCACCACUGGUGGUUCGUGCCUCUCUUGCCGAGUCUCCUCUUGUGCUUCUGGAACAACUCCACCAUCAGACACCAUCAACCUCGCUGUUUCUGCUGGCUGCAGACACCGCCGGUUACUCCUUGGCCAGUUACUACACUUCGUUGGGUCUCUUCGUCAUCUCUGUUCCAGGCCUUUGGUCCCUCAUCAAACGUUCUGUUAAAUCCAAGAUUGUGCAGAAGACCUUCAUUGGUGAAGAGAAGAAGCCACCAAAUCAAGUCGCUGGUGAAAUUCUCUCCUUCUUCACCCGCAACAAUUUUGUGGUCACUGAUAGAGGAGAGACGAUCACGUUUGAAGGCAUGAUGGUUCCAAGUCGAGGCCAAGCAGCGCUGCUUACCUUCUGCACCUGCAUCAGCCUCGCAAGUGUAGCGCUUGUUCUUACAAUUACUGUUCCAGAUUUCGGCAACAAUUGGUUUUGGAUCACCGCCUUAAGUCCAUUGGCGGGAGCAUAUUACUGGAAACGAGCUUCAAGGAAGGAACAGAUCAAGGUGAAAAUGAUAGUCUUAGAUGAAGGUACACAGUCUGAGGUUGUCGUUCAAGGAGAUGACCAGCAAGUAGAGCAAAUGAGGAAGGAGCUUAAACUGAGUGAGAAAGGAAUGGUGUAUGUUAAGGGUCUGUUCGAGAGAGAUGAAUAAAACAUCGAUCUCUGUAUCAAUGUGUUGCUUAAAGAGGAGACUAGGAAAUGAGGCUCAUCUGAAAGAUUUUGAUAUGCGCACUGGCCAUCUAUAUAGCUAUAGCACCAAAUUGAUUCAGUUGAA